ACCAAAACCAUUCAUCCCGUAUUCAAAAAACCGUGGAUGGGAUCAGGUCUCUCUCACAGCCACCGGAGCAGCGUCGCGCCUCAGCAGCAGCCGUCGUCGGCCCGCGUCAUCGCCGCCGACGGCUCGCUGACGGAGUUCGCCACCGCCUCCUCCUCCCCCGUCACCGUCUCCGACGUCCUCGGCGACAAUGCGGGAGACUCGUUCUUCCUGUGCAGCUCCGACGUGCUCUACUUCGACGAGGACGUGCCGGCGCUCGGCGGCGGCGAGCUGCUCCGUCCCGGCCAGAUAUACUUCGUGCUUCCCCAGGCGAUGCUCGGGCGGCCCCUGUCGAGCGCCGACAUGGCGGCCAUGGCGGUGCGGGCCAGCGAGGCGCUGGCGGCGAGAGCGCGGCCGCGUGGACGCGGCGCCGGCAUCAGGAAGGUGCGCGUCACCCCGGUGCACGCCGAAGGCGGGCGUGGUGGCGUGGACGCACAGGUCAACGCGAAGCUGAACGAGAGGACUCUUGGAGAGUACUCUGUGAAAGCCUAUGGUAGUCCGGCGAGGAUUGCCAAGAAGGCUGCCAUGGCGGCGUUUUCGCCGGUGAAGAGGGCGCUCAAGCCGCUCAGCACCAUCCAAGAAGAUGCGGAGUGACGCAAUGCUCACAAGAACAACGCCAAGCGACGCCGAGUGAUAAAAAUGGAAGGAAAUUACUACAAGAUCUUUUAUAGGAUUUUUUUGGUCUUUUUUUGUAUUAACCGUUUUUUGGAACAGUGAUGUUGGUGAGGAAAAUUUAAAAAGAUAGGAGUAGUAGUAUAUAAGAAUGUCGUUUGUUUCAUUUGCCAUUGUACAUGUAUUUGGUAACAAAGGGAAAUUAAAUCGGAAAACUUUGUUUUUACCACUCUA